UAUACACCCCAAGCGUUUGCAAGGAAAGGUUUAACAUAAUUUGUUUUGAUUUCAAUUCCAAUAGAAAAUGUUUUCAAUAAAAACUGUUCAAGGAUUUUAUCUUUGGGUUUUAUUUAUAAUUUCUCUGAGUGAAAAUUCAGUGGGUGUUCUUUAUGAUAUCAAGCCUGUUGGCCACGCUUCAAGUUUGGACUAUGAAAAUACCUUGAUGCAGAUUUUGUUGGAAGUGAAGACAGAAGUGUCAUUGCUGACGAAAGAAAUAAAGGAACUUAAGGAGACAAAAAUGGAUGAAAACGGAACAAACAACAGCGUUUCUACAACAAAUAUUGUGAAGACUUUGCUUGAAUUGAAGAGUGGUAUGGCAGCACAGGCAAAAGAAAUUGAUGAACUUAAACGCAGCGACCGUAAAUCAGUAGCAUUUAUGGCACAGCUGUCUAAAAACAUGGUGAAUCCACCCCAACAUACAGUCGUUGUAUUUGAUGCGGUUUUUAACAAAUGUUGGGGAUGCUUACAAAAACCGAGUUCUGGGGUGUUCCUUGCACCUGUAAACGGAACAUACACGAUUCAUCUUGUUGCAAGUUCAAGUAGAAAGAAACUAUAUGAUAAUUUUCACUUGUACAUCAUGCACAACAUGCGGAAAGUUGGUUACAUUUUCUUGGACAGCAAUCCUGACCGUUAUUUAAUUAGAUCAACGUCUAUUGUCAUACAACUGCGUGCCGGGGACACCGUGUUUGUUAAAAUUGGAAACUCAAACCCGAAAGGAGAUCUCUUUGGUUCUCACUUUCAUACAGUCUUCAGUGGUUUUCUGAUCAACUGAAUUUGCUUAAAAAAUAACUUUCAAGAAAUAUUGGCAAAUUGAAAUUCAAUUAUAUUGCCUUCCUUUCUAUGUUUAUCAAAAAAUGCUAUAAUGAAAUUGCAUUUUCACCAGUUAAUGAUGUUAACAUAUCAUUU